AUGGGGGUUCGGCUGAACUUGAACCCCACUCAGAAAUUUUGGACAAAUAAGCUACCACUAGCACUCCGCCAAGCAAAUAAUCCGCCACGGACUGAGCGGAAUCAAGCAUCCAUCGAGAACAAAGUAGCAUUUCAAGACGAGGGAUCACGGCAAACAGAAGAGUCCUCCUUACCCGCGAAAGGAGAGCUCAAUCGAAGUCCAGACGGAUACCCACUCCAGAGGCGGAAGCAAGAGGACGAUGACGACGCCUACGAGAGCAGGCAGGAAGCGAGGACUGGAGCGCUGCAGCGCCGUAGGCGUGCUCGGCGAGCGGCGGGCGGUGCUGGCGUGCUGCGGUGUCGAGAGCGGACGCAGGAGUUGGGGACGGAAGCGGAACGAGACGGGGGUUUGCGAGUGGUCUCUGAACGAGUACUGAGCUUGUGGGUGGCCGAGUAUAAAAAGGGUGUGCCUGGAGACAGUUUGCGUGAUUCCUCAUUUUAA